UACGCGACCACGUCACGUAUGUAAUGUUCUAUAAAGAUGAUGGCCCCUGUGUGGUUGCGCUGAAGAGAUUCUGAAGCACCCCUGAGUCUUCGUACUGUGAGCGGACAGAAGUUUCCAGAAGCCGGUUUCUAAGAACUUGUUUAUAGUAUAAAUCUAGCGUACACUUUUCGGCGCAGUUGAAUUUCGAUCUUAAAACGUUUUGUAAGACGCCAUAUAUACUGUCUGUUAAAUCGAAAUGUGACUUGAUGUGGAGGCUCAAUAUGUUGAACCGCUGAAAUAUAUUCCUGAACUCUUGCCUGGAUUCAUAAUGAGUGUGAGAAGAGGGAGAAACGGUUACGACAAACCAUCACAGAAAGUCACAAGGUACAUGUAUUCGCUGGUAGCGAAACAUUCAACAUAUUACUCUUAGAGGGGUUGAUUAGCCUUUUUUUGAGAAUUUGAAAUGAAAAUUGAGUUCUAAUACCUUGAUCUUUAGUAUCUGCCAGAUCAAUAUCCGGAAAGAUUACAAAGAUAUUCAAGGGUAAAUAAUUUUCUUUCUUUUGAAAUCUGUUCCUUGGACCCCUAUGUCUGCCAGAAUUAUUUUGGAAAGAUUAUAGAGGAAUAACGGAAUGUUGAGAUUUCAUUUGAAAUACUGAGAUCUGAGAUAUUGAGAUUUGAAUUUAACUCCUCGAACCUUUUAUGUUUGCCAAAUUAAUUUGGAAAAAUUAUAAUAUGGAUAAGGGAACGUUAAAAUUCAUUUGAGAUUUGAGAUUUGAGAUUUGAGAUACUGAGAUUGAAUUAUUCAUUGAACCCUUUGUGUUUGCCAAAUUUAGUUUUGGAAAGAUUACAAAUAGGCAAUGGAAUAACAAAAUUCAUCCAAGAUUUGAGAUUUGAGAUAUUAAGGCUGGAUUUAAUCAUUUAUCUUUUGGGUUUGCCAAAUUAAGUUUUGGAAAGACUACAAAUAGGCGAUAAAGCAUUAAAUUCAUCCAAGAUUUGAGAUAUUGAUACUUGAGCUUACUUCCUAAUUCCGUUAUGUUUGCCGGCUUAAGUUCGGAAAGAUUAUAAAGGAUAAUAGGAAUUUAAUCAUCAGGGGGAGUGACUCUGGUUAUUAUUAUACAGAAUGCCGGGUUCAAGUCGGAGGAGAUCUACCUCAGAAGGGGAGGGGGGGAUCCUAAGUAGUACCUUAAACCUGCCUGAUUAUGCUCAGACUAGCAGAUUACCUGAGUUUAACCCUGCGCGGUGUGUCUCUACUCCUCAUAUUAAUACCACGGGAUUUAUUGAUGACACUUAUCGGGAUCACAGGGGGAUGCGUAUAGAACCUAGAAUCCGUACAAGGGCUAGAGGGGAUUUUAGCUUAAUGGAUAGGAAAUUUAGAGAUGAGUUUAAUCAAUUGAAGGUUGAAAUUUAUAAAUGGGGCCAGAUUACUAGCAUGUCAGCUCAGACAAUAGAUAUUAUUGAGGGUCAACAUAAUACAUUUGCUGCAAGAAUUGAGCAGAGGGUUAAUAAUGUUUUAUCAGCGAGGGGGGACUUCUUUUUAGCGGAUGAGUAUGCGAGUCUGAAGGACAAAUUGAAUACCAUCAGGAGAGUAGCCUUGCAGUUGACAGAAGCCAGAUCUAAUCCAGCAUCCUUCAAUCUGAAUGAGGAUGGGUCAACCCAUGAAGUUAACCCCUGUGAUAAUAUUCCUUCAUCAGCAAGAAGCUUCAAUCAAGAUAUUGUGUUCCAAGAUGAACCUAGUUUCGUGAAUGCACCAGCCAGGCCUGCUCCAGGCUUGAAUAGAGUACAGAGUUCUAGCCCUGGGUUAAGUGAUAGAAGUGAAUCGGGAAUGCCGAGUGGGUCAAGGCCUACCAGAGUGGUACUUGACCCCGGUAGCCUGAUGAACCAGCCAACCAUCAAUGGUGAUGUAAUUGAUUCAGUCCAGCAGGCUCUGGGUUCUGAUAAAGGGCGUGCUUCUCUUGUAAUGGCAGAUGAUAAUGGUGGGUCGGAAAUGCCGAGAGGGUCAAACUCCACUAGGAUACAACCUGACCCCGGUAGUCUGAUGAACCAACCACGGACCUAUCAACAUAGUAGUAGGAUCCGAUUAGAAGCUGUGCAGAGGAUGAACAACUCGUCUGGAGAUCUUAAUCCUUGGUUAUUGUCUGUGAGGGCUAAGCAGGAUACAAUGGAGGAGAAACUAGAGAGUGUGAUCAGGAAAAUUAUAGAUCUACAAGAAUUCCAAACAUCAUUUGAGAAGCUUGAAGAGGAUGUAGAGGUUCUUAAAUCUAAUACUACUGAGGUCUGGCAUAGAUUGAAAACUGAUGAACAGAGAUUAGAUAGAAUGGAUGCAAACCUAUGCAAAUUCGAAGAGCUGCUUGAGGAGAAGAUAGAAAUGGUCCAGAACUGGUUUAUUCAUGCUACUUCAAAGACUAAUGAAGAGAUCCCCAGAGAGAUUGUUGAUUCCUUGCUAAAUGUUAUAAACGAUAGUUCUCCGGGAUUAGCUGUGGAAAGUAUGAGGUGUGAUAUUGAAGAGAUCAGGGGAUCUGUGGGAUUAAAUCAUCGUGUAACUGAAAGUUUGAGAAGCGUUGUUGCGGACCUGUCAGGUCAAAUACUGGAUAUUUCUCAGGCUGGUGUGAUGAUUGACCCUCCAAUCAGAAACCAGGAGCUCUGUGAAUCCAUCAAGCAUGAGCGAGAUAUUGUAAGGAAGGGAAUAGAGAGAACAGAGAAACAGCUGAACCAAAUCAUGUUGAACGACUUGAGUGCAGUAGGUUCAGAUAUAUCUCUUAUCAAGAAGCUCAAAACUGUAGAUGUACCUGCUGUGCAUGUUGCUGUAGGGAAUAUGAAAAAAUCUCUCCAGAAGUAUGUCAAGUUCUCUGGUAUGGAUUCUGAGUACUGUGGGUUAAUGGAUGAAUUAAUGGAUCGUGCGGAGAACUGGUGUCUUAAAGUUGAAGAACUGUACAACAAAGCAGAGGUUCAUAGUAUCAAUACUUCAAAAGGAGAUGCAGCGGAUGUUGGUAUAUUUUCAGACAAUGCAAAAGUUACAGUCUAUGAGUUCUUAGAAGCGGCUGAGAUUGCAUAUCUGGGCUGGGGGAAUUCGGUGCAGAAAGCUAAUCGUCUUUACAAUCAUCAUCUGUCGGAAGAAAUUAAGAGUAAAUUAAUUAAUUUGUCGGACUCCUAUACUGAGAUGAGAUCCUGGUUAAUAUGCAAUUAUGGUGGGGUGUCUAGGAUUGUUAGUGACAUAUUAAGAGAUCUGAGUAGGAAACCUAAACCUAGUAGCAGUAACAGUAAUGCAUUGUUCAGUUUUUUUGCUUAUGUUUCCGGGGCGUUGCAGAGACUAGAGAGACUGAGCAAAGUAAGUGGCAUAGAUAAGGGAGAUUUAGAAGCUAGCUAA